AUGGCUACACGUAAAGUAUUGCCAUCUACAAGUUGUGCAUCUCCACAACCCAGUACUUCUACUUCUAGAAUAUUACCAUCUGGCAGUUGUGAUCCUCCACAACCCAGUUCAUCUGGCGCCAGAAAUUUUAACGCGCCUGGAACAAGUAGUAUGAAUGAUGCCCCUUUUUUGAGAUUUAUUGAGCAGCCAGCCAACAAAUAUCGUUUCAGAUAUAAGUCUGAAAUGCUUGGUACCCGUGAUUGCCUUAAAGGUAUAACCUCUGAUCGCUUAGGAAGACCAACUUAUCCUACUGUUGAGCUGGUAAAUUACUCUGGAAGUGCCAUGAUAAGGUUCGGGGGCAUGGGGAUCAUACAUACUCCCAGAAGAAAUGUUGUGGUAGAAUUGUCCAAGAAAAUGUUAGUACUAAAAAAGGAAUUAAUUGCCAGAUGUGAAGGUAUGAGGAGGGAGCUUACAGCUAAUGAAAUAGAAGAGAUUAGGGUAUUAGCAGUACGCAAGAGCAGAGACAUUAAUUUAAAUGCAGUUUGUCUCAGAUUUGAUGCGUUUUUUGUUAGAAAUGGAAUUUUAUAUUCUAUUUGUCCGCCAAUUUUCAGUCACGGAAUUAUUAACCUGCGAUCCCCACUAACUGGAGACCUGAAGAUUGUCCGCAUGAACCGUUGCGUCAGCCACGCAGAAGGAGGGGAAGAAAUUUUUCUUUUGGUUGAACGAUUGACAAGUCCAAAUAUUAGAAUCAGAUUAUUUGAGCUGGAUGCUGAUAACAGGGAAGUCUGGGAAGCCUACGGAACAUUUUCUGAGUUAGACAUUCACCACCACUAUGCUAUUGUCUUCAGGACGCCAGCUUUCCGAGACCAAAAUAUCACACACCCAGUAAUGGUGUUGAUUGAACUAGUCAGGCCGUCAGACUUUGCUAGAAGUGAUGUGAGGAAUUUUUGGUAUAUUCCAAAUAUCCACGGAACUGGCCAACGCAUACAACCCUCACCAAUAAUAGAAAUGCCACUUGAAGACAUUACGAGAGCCCAACAAUCUUUUUUUGAACUCAGAAACUUGGCUAGUCAGUCCCGAGUACGAGCCGGUCUAAUGUUGAAAGAUCAUUUUCGCCAAUAUGAACAGCAAACGAGACAAAACAAUAUGUUACAUGUAUUUAUUGCUCUAAAUAAAAAACCUGAAGUCAAGUUCAUACUGAACAUGUUGCAAUCAUCCAAACAACUGCAACUGGCUAAUGUUGUGAAUGCGGAUAAUUUAACUCCGCUUCACUUAGCUGUAAUGUGUCACAACGAAGAUUUUGUAAGAUAUUUGCGGACCCUUCAUGCGGAUCCGACAAUACAAAAUUCCCGAGGGCGCACACCUUUGCACGAAGCCGCCAAAUCUGCAGCCACACCGAAAAUGUUCGAGUUGCUCCUAUCCUUCGAAAACACUAUGAUUGAUAUUGUAGAUUACGCCGGUUUCACAGCCCUAACACUAGCCAUAGAAACUACCAAUAUGACAGCAAUAAGGGCAUUGGCUAAUGCAGGAGCAGAUGUAAAUAGGCGACAUGAUAGAAAUGGACAUACACCACUUAGAAUUGCAGUGGAACAUGAGUUUGUAGAGGCAGUGAGAUAUUUUUUGGAUCAUCCAAGACUUUUCUUACUUCUGUUGAAAAUUCUUCAAUUUUUGCUUUAG